UGGAGUGGUGACGUAACUCUUAUGAGGUGCGUCACGGUCCCUGUCAGGGGAGCACAAACAAAACUCCCGUUACGAGCAAACACAACAGCUUCUUCACAGCAAUGGCGUUGAAUAGAAACCACUCUCAAAACGGGGGAGUGUUGAUCAACAAUGGUGAAAGUGUGCUCAGGGAAUGUAAAAAUGUGGAGCUGUCAUUCAGUGAUGUUGCCUGCAAAACAGAUUUACUGAAGGGGACCAACAAGGGUACUGUGUACCUCACACCAUACAGGAUGGUGUUUGUGUCCAGUAAUACAAAGGGUUGCCUUGGUUCUGCCAUGUUCCCCUAUUAUCUGAUGAAGGGCUGCAGCAUCGAGCAGCCCGUUUUUGCUGCCAACUACAUUAAAGGCACAGUGUCAGCUGAGCCAGGUGGUGGCUGGGAGGGUCAAGCCCAUUUCAAGAUGUCAUUCCCCAACGGAGGUGCCAUCGACCUUGGCCAGCAUCUCUUCAAACUGGCCACAAAUGCUUCUCGUGGGGCUCCUCCCCAGAAUGGUGCCGCGUCAUAUCAUGGCUACCCGUCUCCUGGAAUGAUGAAUGGCUAUGGCCCAGCCCCACCCGAUCCCCAAGCAUAUCCUUAUGCACCCCCUCCCCAGCAGAAUGGAUUCUACCCGCCCCCUCCUGCUGGUGGCAAUAUGGGCUACCCGUAUCCAACAGCUGCUGCAGGAAUGUACCCAUUAGGGUCUGACUACAUGAUGGCCCCGCCUCCUCCUUAUCCAGGCCCCCCUCAAAACUGGGCUGCACCCCCGCAGAACUGGACAGCUCCGCCACCUCCAGGCCCAGGUAACGCCAAGGCAGCAGAAGCAGCAGGCAGCGCAUACUACAAUCCCAGCAAUCCGCACAAUGUGUACGUGCCCACGGAGCUGCCUCCUCCAUACGCACCUUAUCCAAACUCUCCUGAAAAGAAAGACAACUAAGGCUCAGGUACCGUGACACUUCCCCGCGUACAUCUUGGGAUGGAUCCUUGAUGGCAACGUACAGCAUAUUAAAGAAAAUCAAAUUCAAUCUCUGAAAAAUAGCCACAUUGUUUCAAAAUAGUUUUGAAGUGACAUCAUGCAACUUGUUCUCUCCCCCCAAGUCAAAAAGUCCAAUGUGACCAUAAUUUUAAAUGUAAAAUUUGUUGACAUCUUGUAAAGAAGACAGUUUGGAGCUAAAAGGAGGCAGUGGAAUGAUGAAUGUAUUAUUAUUAUUAUUAUUAGUUUUUUUUUAUGACUGAGCUAGACUUUCAUGGAGUUCAUUCUUGUAGCUAUUAACUAACACCCAAAAUUAUUAGCAUUGUAUUUUUGCAGUAUCCUUUAAAGAACUGUGUAUUUCCAAUACAGUUUUUGAAUGGAGUGGUUUUAUUUUAGUUGGUGUUCAAUAGCAGGAAUGGGUUGGAUAGAUUUUAGUGAUACAUUUAUGGCCUCCAUAUAUCCUGAUUCUCAUACUUUUGGCUAUUAAUGGCAUAUCCAACCGUACAUGUGACCAAAACGAUCCCGCUUUUCCAUUGUUGACAGUAAGUGCAUUUUCUAGAUAGCCCAAAUUCUACAUUUUUGCUGUAUUCAUUGAAAUGCAGGUCUUCAAAAGUGUGCAAUAUUUCGGGUUUCCAAUGGUUCUCGUGGAAACGUGGGGCUCAUGUGAGGUACUCUGUGCUCUUACCCACUUUUGUAUUCAUGUAUGCAAAGGCAAGUUGAAACCAUCCUUGUAUUUGCGCCAGCAUGCGGUUACCGGGCUUCAUCAUUUGGAACACAGCACCCUGUCAGAACUUCUGAGGGCUAAAGCAUGUAUUUCUUAUUUAGCAGUUAACACCCAAUUACUGGUCUUUGCACACCUAAAAGCAUUUUUCUUGGCGUGGAUCUACGUUUGCUUUAAUCUUCAAAUGUCUGUAAAUUAAUGCUUGGCAAAAUUUUGUUAACUGAAGUCUAAUAAAGUUGUCAUUUAUUGAAUAUAGUA